AUGAGGACAGACGAGCAGGGCCCGUUCAACCGGCGACACUCUUCCACACUGCAUUACCAAACCUUCGACACACCACCGCCGAAAUCUCGUGGAAGACCGAAUUCUGGACAGUCUGGGUCGUCUGGCGGAGACUCCCAUAAUCAACAAAAUGACAAUGGCUCUGAGCGCGGAUCUGGGUCACCUCUUCCGAAGCGGCAGAUGGCUAUACUAGCCUUCAUCUCCCUCUGCGAACAGACAGCCUUCAACUCGAUCAGUCCCUACCUACCCGAGAUGGUGUCGUCAUUCCCCGAAGCUCGACCGAAUACUGUUGGCAUGUAUGUUGGAGCGCUCGCCACGGCGUUUGCGAUUGCGCAGCUCGUGACCAACUACUUUUGGGGCUGGUUGUCGGAUCGUGUGGGUCGGAAACCGAUCAUCCUCCUGGGCACCAUUCUUACGGCAGUAUGCUUCUGCGCGUUUGGGUUUUGCAAGAAUUUAUAUCAGGCUAUCGCGGUACAGGCGUUAAUGGGUGCGGUCAACGGCAAUCAGGGUCUCGUUUCGACAUGUCUCGGUGAGAUCACCGACCGAAGCAACCAAUCCAAGGCGUUCGCCUAUCUUCCCGUCCUGUACGGCAUCGGAGGCGUCACCGGCCCCAUUCUUGGCGGGCUGCUGGUCUUCCCCAAGAAUCCUUUCGACAAGAGCCAGCCCAACCCAUACCCGUACGCCGCUCCCAAUCUCAUCGCCGCAGCAAUCCUCGUGGUAGACUUCGUCGCCUCGAUCUUCUUCCUUGAUGAGAGCCUGGAGGAAGCGGAUGUCCUCCCCCAUUUUGGCCGGCGCGUUCGGGCUUUGUUUGCCUGGCUUUGGGAAUGGACCAGCUCCGCCAAACGCGCCGGUUGGAUGAAACCGCCGCACCGUGCCUCGUAUCGCCAUCUCCGAACGCAUUCAACCGACAGCCAGGAUCACGAUAGCGAGUUGGACUCGGCUUCCGAGGUCUCCGAAUCACCCCGCCCGCACCAGGAGUCGUUGCUGCAAAGCCAGAUCUGGAACCGGGACACAAUCCUGCUCCUCCUGACGUAUCUCGUCUUUGCCUUGUGCAAUGUCUCGUUCAACUCGCUUUUCCCUAUUUUCUCGCAAGCCACACCUCCCAUAGGUCGAGCUCUUACUCCAUCAGAGAUCGGUCUUGCCCAGGGCUUCACUGGCCUCGUCACGAUCAUCUUCCAGAUUUGCAUCUUCGGCAAGCUGCGUGACAAGAUGGGCAAUCGUUGGUCGUACCGUGCGGGACUGCUGGGAUUCGUGGUCUCGUUCCUCCUUAUGCCGUUCAUCGGGUACAAGGGCAACGAUACGGAUAAGGGCGGGGUCACCGGCAAGACUGCUCUCAUGGCCACCGAAUUGUGUUUUGUCUUGCUGGUCAAGACUGUGGCCUCUGUGGGAGGAUUAACCAGUGCACUUCUACUAAUCACCAACUCGGCUCCUGACCACACAGUCCUCGGGUCUUUGAACGGCCUCGCUCAAACCCUCUCCGCCGCCGGCCGCGCGGUCGGCCCCCUCAUCUCCGGCAGUCUGUUCAGUCUCGCCUCGCGACUACCCAGCAAAGGCGAAGUCAUGCCCUUUGGCGUCUUCUCGGCUGUCUCCUUCGUCGGCUUCGUCCUUAGUUUCGGCAUCCGAGCCCGUUCUCUCGAAGCGGAGGACUGGGAGAGUGACGAGGACGAGGACGAGGAUGUGAACGAUGAAGAUGAAGUUGAUGACGCCGAUGACAACGAUGGACGCGGUCCAUACAAGCCCGGCAGCCAGGACGAGGAAGCUCGUCCUGCUCGUUAG